AUGGCCAUCCUAGUUAACACAACUCUGGAAAAGAUGGCAUACUGCUUCUUGGUGAACUAUGACAAUGUAGUGGACACAGGUUCUGAAACAGAUGAGGAGGACAAGCUUCACAUUGCGGAGGACGACAGCAUUGCGAAUCCUCUGGACCAGGAGACCAGUCCAGCUAGCAUGCCCAACCAUGAAUCCUCCCCUCGCAUGGGUCAAGCUCUGCUACCAAGAGAGGAAGAAGAAGAUGAGAUAAGGGAGAGCGGAGUGGACCACAGCUGGCACACUAGUGAGAUUCUGCAAGCCUCUGUAGAUGGUCCAGAAGAGAUGAAGGAUGAUUAUGAUGUUAUGGGGCCAGAAGCCACGAUCCAGACCACAAUUAACAAUGGUACAGUUAAGAAUGCAAAUUGCACACCAGACUUUGAGGAAUACUUUGCCAAAAGAAAACUGGAGGAACGAGAUGGUCAUGCAGUCAGCAUUGAGGAGUACCUUCAGCGAAGCGACACGGCCAUUAUUUACCCAGAAGCCCCCGAGGAGCUGUCUCGCCUUGGCACGCCAGAGGCCAAUGGGCAAGAAGAAAAUGACCUGCCACCUGGAACUCCAGAUGCUUUUGCCCAACUGCUGACCUGCCCCUACUGCGACCGUGGCUACAAGCGCUUGACAUCGCUGAAGGAGCACAUCAAGUACCGCCACGAGAAGAAUGAAGAGAACUUUUCCUGCCCUCUUUGUAGCUACACGUUCGCCUACCGCACCCAGCUCGAGCGGCAUAUGGUGACGCACAAGCCAGGGACAGAUCAGCACCAAAUGCUAACCCAAGGAGCAGGUAACCGCAAGUUCAAAUGCACAGAGUGUGGCAAGGCCUUCAAGUACAAGCACCAUCUGAAAGAACACCUAAGAAUUCACAGUGGUGAAAAACCUUAUGAAUGCCCAAACUGCAAGAAACGCUUCUCCCAUUCUGGUUCCUACAGUUCACACAUCAGCAGCAAGAAAUGUAUUGGUUUAAUCUCAGUAAAUGGCCGAAUGAGAAACAAUAUCAAGACGGGUUCUUCCCCUAAUUCUGUUUCUUCUUCUCCUACUAACUCAGCCAUUACUCAAUUAAGGAACAAGUUGGAAAAUGGAAAACCACUUAGCAUGUCUGAACAGACAGGCUUACUUAAGAUUAAAACGGAACCACUAGACUUCAAUGACUACAAAGUUCUUAUGGCAACACACGGGUUUAGUGGCACUAGUCCCUUUAUGAAUGGUGGCCUUGGCGCCACCAGCCCUUUAGGUGUGCACCCGUCUGCUCAGAGUCCAAUGCAGCAUUUAGGUGUAGGAAUGGAAGCCCCUUUACUUGGAUUUCCCACUAUGAAUAGUAAUUUGAGUGAGGUACAAAAGGUUCUACAGAUUGUGGACAAUACGGUUUCUAGGCAAAAGAUGGACUGCAAGACUGAAGAAAUUUCCAAGUUGAAAGGUUAUCACCUGAAGGAUCCAUGUUCUCAGCCAGAGGAACAAGGAGUUACUUCGCCCAAUAUUCCACCUGUUGGUCUUCCAGUAGUGAGUCAUAAUGGUGCCACUAAAAGUAUUAUUGACUAUACCUUAGAAAAAGUUAAUGAAGCCAAAGCUUGCCUGCAGAGCUUGACUACUGACUCAAGAAGACAGAUCAGUAAUAUAAAGAAGGAGAAGCUUCGUACUUUGAUAGAUUUGGUCACUGAUGAUAAAAUGAUUGAAAACCACAGCAUAUCCACUCCAUUUUCAUGUCAGUUCUGUAAAGAAAGCUUCCCAGGCCCUAUUCCCCUGCAUCAGCAUGAACGCUACCUGUGUAAAAUGAAUGAAGAGAUCAAGGCAGUCCUGCAACCUCAUGAAAACAUAGUCCCCAGCAAAGCCGGAGUUUUUGUUGAUAAUAAAGCCCUCCUCUUGUCAUCUGUCCUUUCUGAGAAAGGACUGACAAGCCCCAUCAACCCAUACAAGGACCACAUGUCUGUACUCAAAGCAUACUAUGCUAUGAACAUGGAGCCCAACUCUGAUGAACUGCUGAAAAUCUCCAUUGCUGUGGGCCUUCCUCAGGAAUUUGUGAAGGAAUGGUUUGAGCAAAGAAAAGUCUACCAGUAUUCAAAUUCCAGGUCGCCAUCACUGGAAAGGACCUCCAAGCCGUUAGCUCCCAACAGUAACCCCCCCACAAAGGACUCUUUAUUGCCCAGGUCUCCUGUAAAACCUAUGGACUCUAUAACAUCACCUUCUAUAGCAGAACUCCACAACAGUGUUACGAAUUGUGACCCUCCUCUCAGGCUAACAAAACCUUCCCAUUUUACCAAUAUUAAAGCAGUCGAUAAAUUGGACCACUCAAGGAGUAAUACUCCUUCUCCUUUAAAUCUUUCCUCCACAUCUUCUAAAAACUCCCACAGUAGCUCAUACACUCCAAAUAGCUUCUCUUCCGAGGAGCUGCAGGCUGAGCCUUUGGACCUGUCAUUACCAAAACAAAUGAGAGAACCCAAAAGUAUUAUAGCCACAAAGAACAAAACAAAAGCUACUAGCAUAAAUUUAGACCAUAACAGUGUUUCUUCAUCAUCUGAAAACUCAGAUGAACCUCUGAAUUUGACUUUUAUCAAGAAGGAGUUUUCAAAUUCUAAUAAUCUGGACAACAAAAGCACUAACCCUGUGUUCAGCAUGAACCCAUUUAGUGCCAAGCCUUUAUACACACCUCUUCCGCCACAAAGCGCUUUUCCCCCUGCCACUUUCAUGCCGCCAGUCCAGACCAGCAUCCCCGGGCUACGACCAUACCCAGGGCUGGAUCAGAUGAGCUUCCUACCACAUAUGGCCUAUACCUACCCAACGGGAGCAGCUACCUUUGCUGAUAUGCAGCAAAGGAGGAAAUACCAGCGGAAACAAGGAUUUCAGGGAGAAUUGCUUGAUGGAGCACAAGACUACAUGUCAGGCCUAGAUGACAUGACAGACUCCGAUUCCUGUCUGUCUCGAAAGAAGAUAAAGAAGACAGAAAGUGGCAUGUAUGCAUGUGACUUAUGUGACAAGACAUUCCAGAAAAGCAGUUCCCUUCUGCGACAUAAAUACGAACACACAGGAAAGAGACCACAUCAGUGUCAGAUUUGUAAGAAAGCAUUCAAACACAAACACCACCUUAUCGAGCACUCGAGGCUGCACUCGGGCGAGAAGCCCUAUCAGUGUGACAAAUGUGGCAAGCGCUUCUCACACUCGGGCUCCUACUCCCAGCACAUGAAUCACAGGUACUCCUACUGCAAGCGGGAGGCGGAGGAGCGGGAAGCGGCUGAGCGCGAGGCGCGAGAGAAAGGGCACUUGGAACCCACCGAGCUGCUGAUGAACCGGGCUUACUUGCAGAGCAUCACCCCUCAGGGGUACUCUGACUCGGAGGAGAGGGAAAGCAUGCCGAGGGAUGGCGAGAGCGAGAAGGAGCACGAGAAGGAGGGCGAGGAGGGUUAUGGGAAGCUGCGAAGAAGGGAUGGCGAUGAGGAGGAAGAGGAGGAAGAGGAAGAAAGUGAAAAUAAAAGUAUGGAUACGGAUCCCGAAACGAUACGGGAUGAGGAGGAGACUGGGGAUCACUCCAUGGACGACAGUUCAGAGGAUGGGAAAAUGGAAACCAAAUCAGACCAUGAGGAAGACAAUAUGGAAGACGGCAUGUAAUAAACUACUGCAUUUUAAGCUUCCUAUUUUUUUUUCCAGUAGUAUUGUUACCUGCUUGAAAACACUGCUGUGUUAAGCUGUUCAUGCACGUGCCUGACGCUUCCAGGAAGCUGUAGAGAGGGACAGAAGGGGCAGUUCAGCCAAGACAGAUUUAGAUGGAGUUGGAGCUGGGUAUUGUUAAAAACUGCAUUAUGCAAAAAUUUUGUACAGUGUUAAGGCCUAAAAACUGUGUGGUUCAGAGACUAAUUCCUGUGUUUAAUAGCAUUUAUACUUUAAGCACAACUAGAAAAUUCUAAGAAUUGCACUCUACGUAUGUAUCACUACAAACUUAAAAAAAAAAUGUCUAAUUUAUAUUAAUACAUUUUAAAAGGUGC